AAUCUUAUACCACUAGGCACCAGCCAAGCUCUGCUUGACUUCCUAGGCCGCAUUUUGUCUUCACCAUAAGACUUCUUCCUUUUGUGCUUCUUGUUUUCUCCAAUUUCGAUCGCUCUUUCGAUUUUCCCACUUGUAAUUUAAUUUGGGUUCACAUCUGCCAAUUUUCUUGCACAAGAAAUGAUUUUGAAAUGCCUCUGCUGCGGCUUUCCCAGGGAAACUCAACCCAAGAUGAUCAGUGCAAGUAACGAGACAGAUUAUCCCUGGGAAAGAUACACUCUCAAGGAGCUUUUGCAUGCAACGAACAACUUUCAUAAUGAUAACAAGAUUGGCGAAGGUGGAUUUGGAAGCGUUUACUGGGGUCGAACAAGUAAAGGAAUUGAGAUAGCAGUAAAACGACUGAAGGCGAUGAGUGCAAAGGCGGAGAUGGAAUUUGCAGUAGAAGUGGAGAUACUUGGGAGGGUGAGGCAUAAGAAUUUGUUAGGUUUAAGAGGAUUCUAUGCAGGUGGGGAUGAAAGGCUUAUAGUCUAUGAUUAUAUGCCUAAUCAUAGCUUGAUCACUCAUUUACAUGGCCAACUCGCUUCAGAUUGUUUGCUGGAUUGGACUCGGAGAAUGAACAUAGCCAUUGGAUCUGCUGAAGGAUUGGCGUAUUUGCACCACAAGGCCAAUCCUCAUAUAAUACACAGAGAUAUAAAGGCCAGCAACGUUCUCCUAGAUAAAGAAUUCCAAGCAAAAGUUGCAGAUUUUGGAUUUGCAAAGCUGAUACCAGAUGGGGUUACUCAUUUGACCACUAGGGUAAAAGGAACUUUAGGAUACCUGGCUCCAGAAUAUGCUAUGUGGGGGAAAGUUUCUGAAAGCUGUGAUGUUUAUAGUUUUGGAAUUUUGCUCUUAGAAAUAAUUAGUUCGAAAAAACCAUUAGAGAAACUUCGAGGAGGAGGAAAGCGAGACAUUGUUCAAUGGGUCACUCCAUAUAUUCAAAAGGGUGCAUUUGAUCACAUUGUUGACCCUAGAUUGAAGGGCAAAUUUGAUCGAACUCAGCUCAAAUCGACGAUUAUGGUGGCAAUAAGAUGCACAGACGGUAACCCAGAGAAUAGGCCGAACAUGAUGGAGGUGGUAGAUUGGCUCAAGGGUGGGCUGAAGAGAAGGACAAAAGAGGUAUCCUAUGUAGAAGACAAGGUCGAUGAAGACGACCAGAAUGAUACCGAUUAUGAAGAAAUUUUUGAAGUGGAAAAUUUCAACAUGAAAUAAUAGCUAGACAAUAUUUAAAAUUAAAUGUUAUUUAUUCAAUGGAAUCUUCAAUUUAUUAUUGUCGGCUAUUGUUCAAGUGAUGUAAAUAAAGAAAUUGAAAGACUUUUUUUUUUUC